AUGGAAAUAUACGAGCUCGAACGAAAAGAACGUUCCCGUCGAGUCACCGAUCACGAUUACAUCGCGUAUUCUGGUUCGCAGGCGAACGGAAGUGGUUUCUUCGUCGCGCCAAUAAGGUGGCUUCUGCUUCGGGAUCGAACGAUCCUCCUCGACAAUUCGACCGAGAAUCACGAAUCGUUGGACGACGCGAAAAUCUUCAAUCGUAUGGCCAUCUAUCCCGACAGCGAGAUGAUUCUAGUUAGAAAGCUUCGACAGGACUUCGCGGAGAUAUCGUCCGUCUACAGGACCAGUCGUUAUCACGAGGUCACGACGGAGGAUCGAGGAAAUUGGACGAUCGACGGAGGAGUUCGAAUCCGCGACUUCCAGCCUACUUCCAGACGACGCGCGAAUCUUCGAUCAACGCCCUUGACAGCCUGCCUCGUGAUGAGCGAUCCCGAUACCAUCAACCACUUGACCGAUUUCAAAUACAAGCACAUAGAUCCAAUAACCAAAACCAAUUAUCCCUGGUUACUGCAUAUCGUGCAUCGAAUGAACGCCACCAUCGAAAUUCGAACGACCAACAGCUGGGGAUACCGAAACGAGAACGGAUCGUGGAACGGCAUGGUUGGUAUGCUGCAAAGUCGGCAAGCGGAUUUAGGAGGCACGGCGACGUUUCUGAUUCCGCAACGCAUAGGAGUGGUCGAUUACGUGCAGCUUUACACGAGUACCAAAGCUCUAUUCGUGUUCCGUCAACCAUUGUUGUCCGCGGUCAGCAACAUAUUCAUUCUACCGUUUCAACGUUCCGUCUGGCUCGCCAUCGGCGUGUUUCUCUUGCUGGUCCUCGGUUUGCUCUGGUUAUCGUCCAGUUGGGAGUAUCAUCGAGGGACGUCGGAAAGCGAUUCCACGCUCACGUACCGGCACCGACUGAAUCAGGCGCGGCAGACGGUCAGCGACAACCUGAUGGUGGUGCUGGCCGCUGCGGCGCAACAAGGAUCCUCCUACGAACCGUACCGCGUUCCAUCUCGGAUCGUCACUCUGAUGCUUUUACUCGCUGCCCUGAGCUUGUACACCUCCUACACGGCCAACAUCGUCGCCUUACUCCAGUCGACCACCGACUCGAUCAAAACCGUAGCCGAUCUGUUGCACAGCCCGCUAAAGUGCGGCGCUCACGACAUCGUCUACAACCGGUACUAUUUCAAGUCGUUUCAAGAUCCGAUACGAAGGGCUCUGGUGGACGAGAAGAUCGAGUCGAGAGGUAAAAACGAUUCCUGGAUGACGAUAGAGGAAGGUGUACGUCGAGUAAAAAACGAGUUGUUCGCGUUCCACGGGGAAACCGGUCCGAUUUACGAGCUUAUGCAACUGACGUACCAAGAAGAAGAGAAAUGUGGAAUCACCGAGAUAGAUUUACUGAAGGUGAUGUAUCCGCUGUUCGCGAUUCAGCCUCGAUCACCGUAUAAGGAAAUCAUCAAGAAUACGGCCUUACUGUUGGGUGAAACUGGUCUAACGUAUCGGGAGGAAUCUCGGCUGUACACGGCGAAACCCAAGUGUCACGGUCGAACGAGCGUCAUCAGUAUAGGAUUCACCGAGUGUUACUUCGCAUUUUUAGCGAUGGGUUAUGGCUCGUUGCUCAGCCUGCUCGUAUUCGCCGUGGAGUUUCUAUGGUAUAAGAGGUACGCAAGAAUACUUCAACGCGUGCUUUCGAUCGUUUUUCCAAUGCUAACGAAAGGGGUGGGAAGACGUCAGGCAAGGGAGGCGGUACCGAGCCACCAUACAAUUCUCUUUUUCUGCUAAAAUCGCGUCGACAGUGUAACGGCAAUGUCUCUGUUCAACACGAAAGAAUGGUGGCGAACGAGAUGCGGAGCGGAGGAAACUUUCGACAGGCACAGCCUGCUGGCGACACCGUUGUUUGGAGAGGAUAAAAAGGAUAUAUUGGUGGUAGGAAGCCACGAUGGUUAUCUGAGAAUGUACUGUCCCUCCUCGCAAUGGGUGGACGAAACGAAAUCGCCGUCCAACUACAAAUCCACGGAUCAGAUGAUCGAGACCCGAGUCGGAGAUUGCAUCGUGGACAUGAAAACGGGGAAAUUUGUCUCGGGCUCCCAGGACCUUCGUCUGGCGAUAUUGACGUCCUCGAAGCUGCUCGUUUACAACGCGAUUUUAACCGAGGAAUCCACGGAAUACGGUGACCGUUGCGAGUUGAAGAUCGCGUACGAGCACUCGUUGCCAAGAUUUCCGGCAUCUCUGACGGUGGGUCCGUUCGGCGGUGUUCGUGGCAGGGACUUUCUCUGUGUUCAAUGCUUGGACGGCACGCUUCUAUUCUACGAGCAGGAGGUGUUCGCGUUCGGGCAAGUUCUCAGGAAUCGGUUGCUACCCGAGCCGAUCGUCUACGUGUCGCGAUACGACCUGUUCGCGGUAGCCAGCUCUUCUUGGUUCCUUGAAUGUUACAGGCAGGAAUUACUCAAAACGACAAAACGAUCGUUUCGCAGGUAUCAGAGCAUGGCGGAAUCGAGGAAGGAAGGCGCUGAACGUGCGAGAGAAACGGGAGAGCCGCAUCGCGGUUUCGACGUAGGCAACCUGGAGCCGGAUUGGAGUUUCAACGUCGGGGAACCCGUUCGCGGCAUCGAGGUUGUCACUUUGACCAGCUUCGAAGUCGGGAUCGUGGUUCUGGGCGAGAAACAUCUGUACUGUUUAAAGGACAACUGCGCGGCGAUCAAGUAUGCCAAGAGGCUCGAGUACAGACCGUUGUGCUUUCGAGCUUACGUGAUCGAACCGGACGGCAAGUUGAUGGUGCUGGUCAUCUCGGACACGAGUACUCUGAUGAUCUACGAGGGCAGCACGCUCAAGUGGUCGGCGCAAUUGCCUUUCGCCCCGGUCGCCGUCGCGAGGGUUCAGCUACGGCACCUGCAAGGAGUGACGGUCGUUUUGUCGGAGGACGGUCGUUUGGAAGCGUGUUACCUGGGAUCGGAGCCUAGCUUGUUCGUCGCGCCACCCCUUCAUCCGCGGGGGUACGAUUACGCGACCGCGGAGCAACGGCUAGCGGAGCUGCGAGCCCUCUCGAAGAGGAGCAAAGAAUCGGGUCACGAUCGAAGCAGCGACGCCAGCGUGGACGGUGAACUGAUCGUCUCGGUGAACGUCUCGCCGGAACUGCAGCCGCGCUUCAAAAGAUCGACAGUUAGUAGCGAUUCGGAGGAGAAAGAGGAAGCGGAGAUUGGACAGCUAUCGAGCUGCAGGCUCUCGAUCGAACUGUCCUCGUACGCGACUCUCAGUGACAUCCAGGUCUGCGUGGACGUUUGUCGGCCGCUGUUCGCCUCCAAAGACUUCUACGUACUUUCCAAUCUCUGCGAACGUCACGUGACGGAGAUCGAGGUCUACGUGGACGGAGACUUGCCGGCGAUAUCCUCGGAGGUCGAUGUAACGGUGACUUACCGGACGGACGCGGGAAAUCUAAGGGCGCUUCGAAGAACCGUUCGGCUACCCUUGAAGAUCAUCCUGAAGAGCUGUCCGCCGGAAAACGCGUCCGCGUUCGCGACCGUGAUCAAAAGCAACGAACCUCCCGUCAGCUUUGCUCAGCUAUUUCCUGAAUUCACCGGGGAACAGCCGCAGAAACAAGGCUGGAACGCGUUGGGAUUGCGGUACGCGCACACCGGUCGCGUGGUGACGAUCGUUUCCGGCAACGCCAGCAAUCGAUACCGAGUGCAAUCGGACGACGGGCUAUCGACGACCUUGCUCGUUCAACGACUGAUCGACAGGCUGAAAGAGAGAAGCAGCGGCACCGGGUUCCUCGCUAUCCAACAGAAUCACGUUCAGCUGGUGCACCUUCGGAUAGAGGCUCACUUUCUCGCUCGACGAGAAAUCGAUAGGAUAACGAAAGAGAUCGGCUUGCUGAGCACUCAGCUGAGGAACGUCGAAAGGAGAAUGCUGCGAACUGUGAGGGAGAGGAACGAUCGAUCGUUGGCCGACACUGGAUUGCCGUUUCUCUUCGAGCAAACAUGCCGUGCGAUCUUUGCUCUUCUCGAGGAUCUCGUCAAAGCGAGAGCGGAAAGGGAUCGAACCGGUCACGAGUUGCGGUGCAGCCUGAAACUGCUGCUCCUGCUGAUGAGAUCGAACGCGGACCCCGACAAAUACGCCGCGUUGGAGGCAGCUAUCGGUUUCGAGCCACGGCCCGCCGAGCAGCUGGACUGGGAAGAGAUCGCCGACGCGGCGCUGACCGUUCUGCUCAAGUCCGUUUCGAGGAAGGCGAGUAUAGCGGAGACGAGAACGGUGUCCAGCAACGCGAUCACGCCUAUCGCGACGAACAAAGAGCUGGCAAAGUUGAAGAAGCGUCUGGUCCACGCGAUCGAACGGCUGGAUCUUUCUAAAGGAAGCGACAUCGCGGAGAUCGAGUCGACGAGCGGCGCCGAUCACGCGUCCGCUUAACGAGCGCGGGCGGUACCCUGGUUCGCGGGGUGCCGUGUUUCUCUCGUGGAAGCUGAGCGAACGCGGAAAACGCGGCUAUCCAGAGCGGACGGCACAAGUUCGCUAGAGAGCGUUACUAAACCGUCGUCGGCGGAGACGAAGGCGAACGGCGAAGCCACGGACGGAACGGUAUCGGAGACGAAGAUGAAGUUAACGCGAUUACAUUCGACGCCGUUGGCAUUAGCUCUGGCAUUGGCUUUGUUUUCGUCGUUCGGUCGUUGCGUCGCCUCGGAAAGCAUAAUAGUGUGCAGGAAUACGUGCGCGCGAAGCAUCCGAGAGAGGGACGUCGACGAUGGCUUCGCCGACCUACCGACCAAGAUCGUUUUCGAUGGAUCGCGCCUGGCGAAAGGCUGACCGAACGAACGAACGAAAGAACAAUCGUUGAUAUUUAUCCUA